GAGAGCAGGAUAUUGGUAUCAGCAUCGGCGGCACAACGGGGACUGCCGGGGAGAGAGGAGAGCGGCGGCCGCAGCGCUGGAGGAGGAGGAGGCGGGUGAGGAGCUGCAGUAUCUAGACGGCGAGCAGCACGUUCAACAAAGCACCUGAAGCUGGCUCCAUGUAUCCGGAAUCCACCACCGACUCCCCAGCUAGACUAUCACUGCGACAGACGGGGUCUCCGGGAAUGAUUUACAGUGCUCGAUAUGGGAGUCCAAAGCGCCAGCUGCAGUUUUACAGGAACCUUGGCAAGUCCGGCCUAAGAGUCUCAUGCCUCGGCUUAGGAACAUGGGUGACGUUUGGAGGUCAGAUCACGGAUGAGAUGGCUGAGCAAUUGAUGACGCUGGCCUAUGACAAUGGAAUAAACCUGUUUGAUACAGCAGAAGUGUAUGCAGCUGGAAAAGCUGAAGUAGUAUUAGGAAAUAUCAUCAAGAAGAAAGGUUGGAGAAGGUCCAGUCUGGUUAUUACAACUAAAAUAUUUUGGGGAGGAAAGGCAGAAACUGAGAGAGGUUUAUCAAGAAAACAUAUAAUUGAAGGUUUAAAGGCUUCUUUAGACAGACUUCAGCUAGAAUAUGUGGAUGUAGUGUUUGCCAACCGUCCUGAUCCCAACACACCGAUGGAAGGAGACCCAUUUAGUUCUUCCAAGUCGAGAACAUUCAUCAUAGAAGAAACUGUCCGGGCUAUGACCCACGUGAUUAACCAAGGAAUGGCAAUGUACUGGGGUACCUCACGUUGGAGCUCUAUGGAAAUAAUGGAAGCAUAUUCGGUAGCGCGACAGUUCAAUCUGAUUCCCCCUAUCUGUGAACAAGCUGAAUAUCACAUGUUUCAAAGAGAAAAAGUAGAGGUCCAACUGCCAGAGCUGUUUCAUAAGAUCGGUGUAGGCGCUAUGACGUGGUCACCGCUCGCUUGUGGAAUAGUUUCUGGAAAGUAUGAUGGGGGGAUUCCACCAUAUUCUAGAGCCUCACUCAAGGGUUAUCAGUGGUUAAAAGACAAAAUAUUGAGUGAAGAAGGAAGACGACAGCAAGCUAAACUGAAAGAGCUGCAAGCCAUCGCAGAGCGUUUGGGUUGCACCCUUCCCCAAUUAGCAAUUGCCUGGUGUCUGAGGAAUGAAGGUGUUAGUUCAGUCUUGUUAGGGGCAUCCAAUGCUGACCAACUUCUGGAGAAUAUUGGCGCAAUACAGGUGCUUCCAAAAUUAUCCUCUUCCAUUAUUCACGAGGUUGAUAGUAUUUUGGGCAACAAGCCAUAUAGCAAAAAAGACUACCGAUCCUAAGGCAGAAUGCUACAACAGUGAGUGGUUCCGGUUCUGCUUCGAUCCAAGACUUGCCUGCUUUAAGCUUUACUGAAUCCAAGUGGAGUGUGGUUGCAUCAAAGAACACAACAUUUCCGGACAGUGUCGGGAAACUGUUAAAGUAUUAAUGUGAGAAACCAUAUGCUUAAUGUAUACAAAUCUACGCUAAUUUGUUUAGCCGCACAAUAAUUAGUUACAGGAUGAACGCACUUUUGUGGUUACGGAAAACCUUUUCUCAGCAUCCCUUUUGUGUUCAUCUUGGUAAACUCAGGUUUAAUUUGAACAUUUCUUCUAUGGCAGAAACUUGAGCUGUUGUCGCAGUGCAGGUCUCUGGUUUUAUGUCGCUUCAAGACACUCCGCCCCUUUUCUUUCUGAAUGUUGUCUACCAAGAACUGGAAUUUAAAAUUUUCCCAAAACUUUUAAUUUUGCUUUGUGAUUAAAUCCUAUACCUCAGCUAAAGGAAAUCCGGCUUAUUUAACAUUAACUAUUUUUUAUUAUUUUUAUUAUUUUUGCACCUGUUUUUUGUUGUUAUUUUAUAUUCUCAUUUCAUUGCAUCUCAGUUAUGAAUACGCAAAUCAAAUUCUAUCUGUAACAGCAAAAUUGAAUUGAAUCCCCUUUGUGUAAAGGAUUCAUCUUUAGAUUAAGCAUUUUAGCAUUUCCCACGGCAUUGAAUAUACAUAUUUGCAUAUGGAUUUAGUCCUAGAACGCUCACAGACUUGAAUUUUAUAUUUCGUAGCAUGAACGGUAGGGUAUUGCCGCAGUUCAGGCUGCUCAGAGAUGCUUAUGCUAGAGUUUACAUUUUUGUUGCUGGUAAUGUAACUACAGCCGGUGCAGCCCAUAGACCUCUGCACCCAGCAAUGGGGGCACAUGUUACAUAUCUGUCAGAUCUGUAAGGCUCCGCUCGUCUGAAUUGCGGAACUAUUGAUGUGCUGACCCACAGCAUACUCUACAGACCUCCGGAGCGGAUUGACCUGUCUCCCCGCCCCAGCCAAGCCCAGCCCAUGACUUAAAAUCCACCACCCAAAUAUUGUUUGGUGUCCUGGUGAUGGCAUAUUGUGCUUUUUGCCCACACACAUAGUGGAUGGAUGUAGCAGGUUUAUGGGCUAAAUCAGUCAGGAGAUUGCAGCCUCUCCAUCCACGAGACCAGUGAUGUUACUGAGGCACGAGGCACGCAGCAGUGAUACCAGUACAUGGAUUAGGUUUCCCUCAGAUGUACAUACAGGCCUCAGUGUCACCAUGAAGCAGGUCAUGCUGAUAUCUCAAUAGUGUGUCCCUGCAGGAAUACUAGCACGUUAUAUGUAUGUUUGUGGCACUGAACCAUUUAGGAGGCACGUCUGCUUUCCCUAGCUGUAUCCCUUUAUGUGAGGUUCUAUUCCGGGAAUAGACAUACAGCGCACAAUGUUCAGUUUGAGCCGCUGACCUGUCUGUUUUAGGUGAUCCCUUAAUAUGGGGAGAUGGAUUGUUACAUGCUGUAACUUUGCUAAAGCCCUUUUAUCAUUCUGCACAGUUGCUAUUGUCCAUAUCGAAUCUACUUACAGUAAGCCAUCAUAGUGUACAUUUAUUGUAAAAGAGAAAGCAGUAGGAAGCUCUAGCUGAUGGGGAAAGGACGUGUGUGUAUAUAUGUAUGUGUAUAUAUAUAUAUAUAUAUAUAUAUAUAUAUAUAUAUAUAUAUAUAUAUAUAUACACACACAGGAGCAGUAGGAAGCUCUAGCUGAUGGGCAAAGGACGCGUGUGUGUAUGUAUAUAUAUAUAUAUAUAUAUAUAUAUAUAUAUUUACAUCCAGGAUGGAGCGGUUACCGGAUAAAUCAGAGAUGUCCUCUCCCCGUACACACACACACACACACACACACGCAGUAGGAAGCUCUAGCUGAUGGGGAAAGGACGUGCGUGUGUGUCUAUAUAUAUAUAUAUAUAUAUUCACACACACGUACGAGCAGUAGGAUUAUAGCUGACGGGGAGAGGACAUCUCUGAUUUAUCCGGUAACCGCUCCAUCCUGGAUGUAAAUAUAUAUAUAUAUAUAUAUAUAUACACACACACACACACACACACAUAUAUCCAUUAACUCAGAAUCCCAUACGAAAAGACUAAGAAAAUACUAAAAGCCGCCCAGGGGUUGCUGCAGUUGGGGUGGGGUAAGAAACGGCUUAGACAGUAUCUCGCUGCUUUUAGAGAAGCAAACCUGUGCUAUUGAAAACUGCAUGACGUUUCCAGCUGGGUUGAGAAACAUUGGCCACUGGAUUAUGUCCUAAUGAGACAGUUUCUACCUAACCGUUAACUAGGGAUACCUAACCUGCCAUGCACAGAACGUAGACUCCGGGAAAAGCGAUUUUGCACAAACCAUAAGUAAAGUGUAAGGAUCUUGUUCAAAUGGGCAGUCAUCUUUUCACUGUGUGCCCAAUACCUCCUCUCUCCCAUUUACUAUGCUUAAGCAAUACACCAAGGGGGGCAUUCAGACCUGAUCGCACGCUAGCUUUUUGUGCAGCGCUGCGAUCAGUUCAGAACUGCGCAUGCGUAUGCACCACAAUGCGCAGACGCGUCGCACGGGUACAAAGCGGAUCGUUGCUGUGCGAUGGGUUUUACAAAGACUCCAUUCGCUCAGCCGAUCGCAAGGAGAUUGACAGGAAGAAAGUGUUUAUGGGUGGCAACUGACCGUUUUUGGGAGUGGUUGGAAAAAUGCAGGCGUGUCCAAGCGUUUGUAGGGCGGGUGCCUGACGUCAAUUCCAGGACCGGACAGGUUGGAGUGAUCGCAGCGGCUGAGUAAGUUCUGGGCAACUCAGAAACUGCACAAAUAAUUUUUGUACGGCCCGGCUGCACAGGCGAUCGCACACUUGCAAAGCAAAAAUACACUCCCCUAUGCGCGGCGACUAUCUGCUCGCAGCAGUGCAAAAAACCCCUAGCGAGCGAUCAGGUCUGAAUUACCCCCAAGUCUCCAGCAGGGGUCCUCACUAAACGUUGUAUUGGGGAAUAUUGGAUUAUUGACCAGUACAGCAUGGAUCAGUCCCUAUAAGAAGCAGCUAAUGUAGUGUACUAAUGAGGCAACUUGUUGCAAUUUGCGCAAAUAUACAUUUCUAAAUCAGUCAGACUAAUGAAAGCUAAAUUUUGCUGACACACAUUUUUGCUAAUUGGAACUUUUUAUAGUGGAACGCUUUCCAAUUCUUUGUACCAGCUAAAUUUGUGCAAAAUAUAAAAAAAAAACCCACCCAAUUAAAAAAUCCAAGCUUGGCCCAACCUAUAUCAUACAGCUUUUUGCUCCAUAAAUCUAAGAGCAUCAGACAGGGUACAUAUCCACUUAAUCGUAUCACUUAAGGCCCAUACACACUUGACGAUGCACACGUCGUUAACGACCGUCGUUAACGACUUCCCUUGAACUUCCCUUGAACAGCUGAGCAAACGACAUGAGCAUACACACUACCAAAGACCAUUCAUCGUUGAAGCAUCCAAGCUGAACAGUUUAUUAAAAUAAUGAGCUGGGAACAGGGCUGGUGAACAGUGGCUUGGUCGUUGGUCGUUCACACCAUACACAUUCAACGACGUCUCUGGUCGGUAACGACCAUAGUGGAAAUUGAGCAUACAUGCUCCACAGAUAAGCGAGGGUCGUUAACGUCCCGCGGGGCCGCGCAUCGGUGGUCGUCGGAUGCAUACACACUUGACGAUAUAAUGAGUGACGUCGUUGAUGAGGGCUGAAAUGAACGACGUCGCUCAUUUUAUCGUCAAGUGUGUAUGGGCCUUUAGAUUCCACUUUCUCAUAUCACAGAUUCCACUUUCUCAUAUCACAUAAAUCUUUUUUUGUUUUUUUUUUGUUUAGAAUUGCAUACCUUAAUUUUCUGAACUGAUUUGUUUAACCAUUUUUAGAUGUAAAGUAUGUUGUAGCUUUUUUAAAAUUUUUAUUGAUUGCCAUCUAUCCAUUUGGGCGAGUUUCUUUGCUGGGCCUUUUGGACUCUUAUAGCGAGGUUCAUUGAAGUAAUGAAAUGCUAAGGACACGCAUUACUUGUCUUAUUUGUUUACCCUACCAAGUGCUCUUUUCGCAUUGAAUUGUUUGUCAUGCCUUUAGUCUGUACUAUAUAACCUAACCAUUAUUAAACUGUAAUUGCUCAUCAAAAGAAUAGAUGGAAAUGGUUGUCAUGAAACAAUAUAUUUAAUACAAGAAGGUGAAGGAAACCAGUAGCCAUUGACCAGUGUUAACACCUUCUCAAACUAAGGAGGCUGCAACUUUCUGAAGGCCACUGAAUGUGAAGUAGAACUAUAUUCUUAUUUAUUGCCUUUUGGGGGGUAAGGGGGUUUUGAGAAUACCUUGUACCAGAUCACUGUAAAGUCAGACAAUCCCUGCAGCCGUUAUGUUCGAUAUAAUAUGCCAUAUAGCUCGGGAGCUGCUGAAACGGCCAUUGUGGACACAGCUGACGGUAAUCAUCAGUUUUUCUCCACCAAUGUAAGUGGAGACAUAUCACAGACAUGGCUCCGGACCAGGGUUUUAGCAACUUCAAGGAUUUGCGGAAUUAUGCACAGGUGGAUUAAGUCAAUUGCCAACAAAAUGGGUUUUCCACCAUCAUGCCAUUUUAGUGUCUUGGCUUGUGCGUAUCCCCAGCACGGCAUUAUUCCUAGUUUCUGCCAUGUCUUAAUUGGAGCAGGCUGAGUCGUGUAUUUUUCAUGCCCUGGGGAUACGGCGCGCAGCUGCAUACAUUACGGAGAGUGUGGCAGAUCUGCGUAACCACCUUCUGCAACAACCUUCAAAAACUCUCUCGUAGAAAGGCCACAGAGGCUGUGAUGGGAACCAAAAAGGUAAAGCUGUGUGUUUUUAGUAGAUGUUGCAGGAGGAAAGGACUGAUAUUUAAUCACUGAACAAUUUACAGGGGGAGAAUUGUCAUCAUGCAGAUAUUUUUUCACACAAGAAAAGAGUAUUAGAGAAGGAGGACUCCGAACCGUUGGAGGAAGCAGAAAGAGGAGAUAAAACAACUACAGCACUGAUUUAGUCUUUAGAGGGUAGGGUCAUUUCAUAUCAUUUCAACACACUUUUUGUUAUAAUUUUACCUCUCCAGCUCAGGUUUUGUUCAAAUUUGGUAUAUGGAGAGUAUAUAUGUAGUCUAAGAAAAGAAAUACAUUUUAUUGAAAUAUCUCAUGCCGUUUCCAAAGUAUGGUUAUGUAAAGUUUUCAAAAAUCUGUCAAAAACGCGCAACCAGCAUAUUUUCAAAUUGCCAUAGCAGCUCUCCUAAUUAAGGUGGAGCUAGAGAAGACCUCUUCAUCUUCAUUCUUGUCCAUCACAUAAGAACACCAAGGUUUCUUUCUAUACACAACGGAUAUAUUACUUUGUGAAUGGGCAGAAGAAAAUAUAUCUGGAAAUUGAUGUUCACAACGUCAAAUGCUUUUUAUACCUGUUGAUUCAAGUACAUUAAAAAUAUCUGUGAAAACCUUUUCUAAGGCUACAACAUCAUCUACAGUAUUCGUUAUAAAAUCUCUAGACAAACUCCAGUUGACACAAAUAAAUGGCUAUAUAUCCGUUGUGUAUAACAAGAAAUGGUGGCUUGCUUAUGUGAUGGACAACAAUUAAGUUUAAUUAAAAGUGAUCUUCCUUCAUCCAGCUGGACCUUCACAAUCAUUCUUCUAUCCAUGGAAGCCAGAUGUACUAUGGAUACCUCUAAUAGAUGUCUUAUGCAAAGCCGACCCUAUAACUCCAACUGGAAGGAUUUAAGUCUGUCUCCAGAUGACGCUUUAAAAACCACUGAGGCAUUGUCAAAUAUCUUCAGCUAACAUUGUUGACUGACUAAUACAAUUUCAAGUAUUUCUAUUCAACUUGAUUUAUAUAAUUAAACUAAUGAAGCCAUCAAAUCUAUUAUUACCUAUUACUACUUGUAUUGGGGGUGUUUCAUAGGGUCGAGCACACUUAGGUCGAGAUUGUCUAGGUUAACCACUAUUGGUCGACAGUAACUAAGUCGACACCUAAAAUAGGUCGACACAGGCAUUAGGUCGAAGUGACAAAAGGUCGACGUGAGUUUUUGUUUUUUAGUGUAAUUUUCUUCGCAGAGUGACCUGGAACCCCAAUUAGUGCACCGUGUUUGAUCGCCAUGCUUCGGGCAAGGUGCCCCGCUCCGCUACCGCUGUGUUCAGCACAGGUUACCGUUCUCAAUUAUAUUCCACGUAAAGUAUGAAAAGUUAAAAAAAUGAAAAAAAAUUGUGAAAAACUCAUGUCGACCUAUAAACCAUGUCGACCUAAUGCAUGUCGACCAGUAGUGGUUGACCUAAUGCAUGUCGACCUAGAGACCAGAUACCCUUGUAAUACACCUGGCUUUUUAGAAUAAAUUACCUUGCUUUAAAAAAAUUUUUUUAACUAUGAACCCAUUAUCCUCCCACUUUUAAACUGGCAAACAUUUAAUAUUAGUAUAGACAAUUUCCUGAAAUUGUUUUUUUUACUUUUUUGUCUACACUUUUUUUUAAGAUAAUCCAGAUCAAAAAUUUCAGUUUGAAUUUGGAAAAAGUUUUUCCUUACAAAGCCUAUUGUGUUGUAUAUUAUAUGAACGGUCAUAAAAAAACAGUAAAAUGGCUCCACUUCCACCUCUCUAGAUUAAUUAGGAGAGCUGCUAAGGCGAUUUGAAAAUAUGUUGGUGUGCAUUUUAAAUAAAAUUGUGAAAAAUUUUUUAGACUACGUAUAUACUCUCCAUGUACCAAAUUUGAUCAAAAUCUUAGCUGGUGAGGUAAAAUCAGUGUGUUAAUUUUUACACGGAAUGACCCGGUAGUGGGUAGGGAUCAACCCAGUGCUAGGCACACGACCUUUGUGAAGUGGUCACACCCCGUCCACUUUCUGCCCUUAUUUGAACAGAUGACAGUUGGACGUAUGAAUUAUCUAAAAAAUAUAUAUACCAACUUUUAUAGGAUCCCUGUUAGUUGAGUGAUGGGGUACAUAGUCCUGAAGGCUGGUUUACAUAAUGGCUGCCUCUUUCUUUGUGUUGACACUUUAACAUGCUUUAACAUUACAUUCAGGAUGUUCAAGAUGGAGGAUUGAAUCAGAUUGUCUGUAUCAUGUCUUGUCCAUGUGUAAAUAAUUGCUAUCUUUUUUUAUAUUUCUGUACAUAUAUUGGUUGAGUUGAGCUGCAUUACAUUAUGGACUGAGAUUGCAGUGUGCAUUGUGCUUCUGAGCGGGAGUUCAGAGAUUAACAGCUAAUGUAUUAAUGGAAUGACAGCGAAAUAAAAACAAAAAAAGAACAUG